GCAUCGAAAUGAAUCGAUUUCUGUUCGCGUCGUUGAUUUUGGGAAUCUGCGGAGGAGCCCGCGCAGAUCUUGGACUGAAACUCACCAUACCGGAGCUGGUUCCCGGAGUGACCAAAGCCAUAAACCGAGGCGUUGUGGAAUUGAUCAAGGCAAAUGCCACCACCAGAACCAUCGCUGAGCAGGACACUUCCGGAGUGUUUGUCACCUUGACCGCGGUAGUUAACAACGUGACGAGUCCGCUGAACCGGUUACUUGGAACGACGCUAUCCGCCGCGUCCGACAAGACUUCCAAGAGUCAAACCUUGUUCGCGAAUCUGGCCACGUUGGUGAGCAGUACGAAGGAGGCCAUUGACAAAGCUUUGACCGCUUCGGAAAGUAUGGAGUGGGACGUUCGGGCCUCACAGUUUGAAGGAAUCCAAGGAAAUAUUUCGGUCAUUGCUUCCUACUUGUCCCAGUUACAGGAUGGGUUCACCGUACUCAGCACAGCUGUAUCUCUAGCGGAAAACUCUGAAGUUCCUGUUACUUCAGAAAACGUAGCCGAGUUUUUCUCCAGCUCGAUCAUCGACACAGUAAUCCAUGCCCUGCAGAACAUCACCCGAAGCGUCAACAACCUUGCUCCGAUCGUAAUCGAAAUCACCAAGGACAAAACCGCUUCCCAUAACGCCGUAUCAGUUACCAACACCAGCAUCACUAACGCAGUUCGAGCUCUGCAAGCUCCCACCGCAGCCUUCAACCGAUCGCUAGCCGAAGCUAACGGGACGGCCCUCAUUAACGCCAACGGGCUCCAGCAGGCCAUCCUCGCCCUGUACACGACCAUAACGGGCCGCCCACAGAACUACAACGGCGGUGACGUCACCAACCUGAACGCUUUCCUUGCCAAUUUUUCCGCGGCCGUCACCGACUUCAGCGGAAACGUCUCCCAAGCGUACCAGAACGUGCGCGAGAACGUCACGACCUUCCUGAACACCUCGAUCAACCAAACGGCCCAAGUCCUGCUGGAGGUUACGAAAAACAUCACCGGCCGCGCCCAGGCCAGCGAUAGUCCGUUCGGGGAUCGUUGUGCGGCCCGGUACACGGCACAGUUGACGCAAACGCCCCUGCAGGUUAGCCGUGCCGCGCUCUGUCUGCAGUCGGAGCUGAACAGCUUCGGGCCAGUUACGCAGCUGAACCGGAUAAUGCUGGACCAGACGAGGUUGCUGGCUGGAUCCAGUUCGGCGCAGGUUCAAGCGCGGCAGUGCUCCCAGGGGCUGACCGAGUGUAUCGCGAUACACUUUGCCCGCUUCCACGAUCUGUCCCGCCAGGUGCGCGACAAACUGGCCAUUAACAGCGAGCUGCUGGCACGCGAAACGGCCACGAUCCAGACCCGGGUGGAGUCCUGCACGGCGGCGAUCCGCACCGACAUCGGCGACAACGCGCGCAUGAUUUGGACCAAGUUUGAAAACUGCCUCAACAGUGGAGCUUAG